UCGCCGUUUAUUCUUCUUCUUCUUCUUCUGUGGUCCAGGAGCCGCACAGUCCGCUACCUGUGCCUUCUGCAGUCAUCCAGCAAUAAUCAUAAAUCAUAAUAAAACAAUUAAGGCAUAAAUAAUAAUAAUAUGAUAAUGAAGGUGGAUUUUGAGGAGUGUCUGAAAGACUCGCCCCGUUUCCGGGCUGCUGUAGAAGAUGUAGAGGGGGAUGUUGGAGAGCUGGAAUCCAAACUGGACAAGUUAGUUAAGCUGAGUAUCGGGAUGAUCGACGCCGGUCGAGUUUACAGUCACGCCAACAGACAGUUUAUUAACGGGAUCCGAGAUUUAGCGCUGCAGUCCAGCAGAGAUGACGUCAUCGGGUCCAGUUUAGCUGCUUUUGCUGAGACACUGCAGGAGAUGAAUAACUACCACACAAUCUUAUUUGACCAAGCGCAGCACUCUGUCAGGUCUCAGCUUCAGACCUUCAUAAAAGAGGAUCUGAGGAAGUUUAAGGAGGUGAAGAAACAGUUUGAUAAAGCGAGUGAGGAGAAGGAAGUGGCAUUGGUGAAAAACGCUCAGGUUCCCCGGAACAAGCCACAUGAAGUGGAUGAGGCCACCAACAUCCUCAGUACAACCCGGAAGUGCUUCCGUCACAUCGCCCUCGACUACGUCCUGCAGAUCAAUGUUCUUCAGUCCAAGAAAAGAUUGGAGAUUCUCAAAUCGAUGCUGUCGUUCAUGAACUCCAACCUGAGCUUCUUCCAGCAGGGAUACACACUGUUCAGCGAUCUACAGCCACUGAUGAAGCAACUUGGGGGACAGCUGGAUCAGCUGGUUGUCGACUCGGCAAAGGAGAAAAGAGACAUGGAGCAGAAACACUCAGCCAUCCAGCAGCAGGCUGCACUUCAGGACUUGUCUUCUGAGGACUGUGGGCUGCAGGUCAGUGUGGACUGUGAGGAUGGAGUGAUGAUGGAAGGAUAUCUCUUCAAACGAGCCAGUAACGCUUUCAAAACCUGGAACAGUUUCACCAUCACGCUGUUUCUUUUUUCUGUUUGUUUGUUUUCUUUUGUCCAUCCUGUGUUGGUCCACCUGAAGAGUGACAGGCGUUGGUUCUCCAUUCAGCACAAUCAGCUUGUCUAUCAGAAGAGAUUCAGGGAUAACCCCACUGUAGUGGUUGAAGAUCUCCGGCUUUGCACGGUUAAACAGUGCGAGGACAUGGAGCGACGUUUCUGCUUUGAGGUCGUCUCUCCAAAUAAGAGCUGUAUGCUGCAGGCUGACUCAGAGAAACUGCGACAGUUCUGGACCAAAGCUGUACAGAACAGCAUCGCUACAGCUUACAGGGAAAACGGAGAGGAACCUGCAGCUAGGUUGCAGCGUGAAUCAUCAGCGUCUCUGGGCAGUCUGGACUCUCUGGGUGAGUGUCGCUUUGGACGCGCUGACAGUCCUCUACACCGCGUGCUGUCAAUCAGAGGGAACCAGAACUGCUGUGACUGUGGGGAAGCAGAGCCUCGGUGGGCCAGCAUCAACCUGGGUAUCACACUCUGCAUCGCCUGCUCCGGCAUCCACAGGAGUUUAGGAGUCCAUAACUCUAAGGUGAGAUCAUUGACACUCGACUCGUGGGAACCAGAGCUCUUGAAGCUGAUGUGUGAGCUGGGUAAUGAGCUGAUUAAUCAGAUCUAUGAGGCUCGCAGAGGAGAGAUGGGCUGGAAGAAACCACAGCUUGGAGACCCUAGGCAGGAAACUGAGGCCUACAUCCGGGCCAAGUACGUGGAGAGGAGGUUUGUGCGAAAGCAAGACUUUCAGGAGCAAAGGUCAAAGGUCAUGACGCUGACUAAACAUGAUAAGCAUCUGAAGGGAAGCGUGGAGUUCCUGCCCCCUCGGCCACCCCCUCCCACCCCUAAAAUCCGCCCCACCUCCAACACCUCUGUGGUCCUCAGCGGACAGGAGGCUCGACGUGACUCGCUCUUCUGCCCCGAUGAGCUUGAUUCCCUCUUUUCCUACUUUGACACAUCGUCAAAGCUCCGGAGCUUGAAGAGUGCAGACAGUGGCAUUCAAACCAGCGCUGAUGGAAGCAGAGAGAUGCUUAACUCUUCAUCCAACACCAGCCUGAGUGAACCAGAUCUGCAGGAGACGGAGCCUGUGCAUGAGUCCCCGCCCGUUCUUCCCCAUGUGACUGAGUGUUCCCCCAGCCUGUUGCUGUUCUGGGCCUCGUGUGCUUCUAGUUUAGCUGACAUGGUGGAGGCAUUAGCGCUUGGUGCAGAUGUUAACUGGGCCAACCCUGAGGAUCAGAGUCGUACACCACUAAUGCAGGCAGUACAGGGGGGUUCAUUACUGCCCUGUGAGUUCCUGCUGCAAAACUCUGCUAAUGUGGAUCAGCAGGAUGCUCGAGGAAGAGGAGCACUGCACCACGCUGCCAUGCUGGGACAUACCGGACAGGUUUGUUUGUUCCUGAAGCGUGGCGCUUGCCAGAGUGUCUCGGACAUGGAUGGCAGGAGUCCACUAUCCAUUGCCAUGGAUACCACCAAUGCUGACAUCGUCACCCUGCUGCGCAUGGCGAAGGUGAACGAGGAGAUGAGGGAGUCACUGGACCAGCCAACGCAAUACUUUCAGUCUCACAGUCACUCAGAGCAGUACAGGAAGUGCAUCCAGGAGUUCAUCGCCCAGCAGCUGGACGAGUGUUAACAUGCUGUAGAUGAUGACCAACACAGCUGGAUGGGUGCUAACACACAACAAAACACCACAGAUGAUAACACAGGUGGACGGGUGCUAACACAUGACUAAACACCAUAGAUAAUAACCAACACAGCUGGAUAUGUGCCAUCGCACAACUAAUCACCAUAGAUGAUAACUAACACAGCUGGAUGAGUGCUAACACAUGACUAAUCACCAUAGAUAACCAACACAACUGGACGCAUGCUAACACACUACUAAUCACCACAGAUGCUAACACAAACGCCAUAGAUGAUAACCAACACAGCUGGAUAUGUGCUAACACACUACUAAUGACCAUAUAUGAUAGCCAACACACCUAGACAUGUGCUAACACACGACUAAACACCACAGUUGUUUAUAUGCUAUCACACAACUAAUCACCAUAGAUGACAACUAACACACCUAGACGUAUGCUAGAACACUGCUAAUCACCAUAGAUAAUAACCAACACAGCGGUCACACAUUUAAUCACCAUAGAUUAUAACUACCACAACUGGACUUGUGCUAACACACGACUAAUCACCACAGAGGAUAACACAGCUGGAUGGGUGCAAACACAUGACAAAACACCACAGAUGAUAACCUAACACAGCUGGAUAUGUGCCAUCGUACUACUAAUCACCAUAGAUAAUAAGCAGCACAGCUGGACAUGUGCUAACACACUACUAAUCACCACAGAUGAGAACACAGCUGGAUGGGUGCUAAUACACGAUUAAGCCCCAUUGAUUAUAACCAACACAACUCAGUUAACACUUGAACUCCACAGCUGGACCUUAAAGACCUCAGUAUUGCAGCGUGUACCAGUCUAUACGGCAGUGUAUUUGUUGUAAUUCGUGCAUUAGCCUGUAAGUGUGUUUGUUGGUGCACCACUGCCAGAACUCUGCUGUUGGACUGAUACUGAUGUAACAAACCCCCACAAUAUUGCGAGUGAAAAUUAGCGUUAAUCUGACGGUAGAAUGUAUACCACGAUGUGACGUUUGUCUGUUUGAGAGAAUAUUUUGUGACUUUUAGUCCCGGAAACACAGUCAGUCUCCUGCUGAUGUGCACGACUUCAGUCUGGCUACAGUACAGUGCUAUUUUAAUGUACACUCCUCCACUUUCCCUUAAUUAACUCCUCUUGGUGCCAUUUCAUUGCUGCUUAAUGAAGUGAAGGGAAACAUCUGGUGCGGGUAUUACAUAAUUAAUUUUCAGAACUUCAUUUAUUACCUGCCCUUCAGUGGUAUUAAUUUACACACUAUCUUUUCCUGAAGUGCUUAUCAGGCUCCGCCCACAAAUAAUACAGAUAUUUUUGAAAAUGUACAAUCCGUCUCUAUAUGGACACGACGUUUUGGGUCACUAGAAAUGAUUGCUUUGUGAAAUUGUACAAGUUUCACAGAACUGCGAUUGUACACACGGCUGACGAAGGUGCGUUAGAAACCGUUUUGGGUUACAUGGUCUGUUUUCCUUAAAGGUGCUUAUUUGAGACCAAACGCACAACACACAUCGUUUAUAAAACCACACACUUAUCCCUAGCUUGUGUUUGUUGUAUAAUAUCAGGAUUAUGGACCUGAUUUCCUCCAUCCUGUAAACCUCCUGAACUUUUAUUACGGUUUAUGAUCUUGUACAUUUUUUAUAAAUUGUAGGAAGACACAUGCUUCUUUAGAUGUGUCCAAAAGAAGGACAGCUGUCCUCAUGACUCAGACAUUCUGUCCGUGGAAAACUCCAGAAUGUCAUUUUAAAGCCAUUAACUUUAUUCUGGUAUUGAGUAUCGUGAUGUAUCGCAGAACUGAUGAUCAGCACAUACUUAAUUCUAUAAACUAUUGAGUCUUCCUUUAUUAUUCUUGCCUUUGACUGUAACACAUACACACACACACUGUGGACAUAUGGUAUCUCUUUUAUAUAAAAACACACUUUUUAUCUUUAAGGUCUGGCAUUAAAUUCCAAAAAUGAGGCUUAAGCAUGUGCAGCUACCUCAAGCUUGAUGUUGAUUGGUCAGCUGGUUGAUGAGGGUGUGAGUAUGUGCGUUAUGUCAUGAAAUAUUUUAUAAUCCUGUAAAUAAUCUGUGCACAAGUUCAAGGACAUCGUUCCUCAGAUGCUACUGUAGUUAAUCUUCUCUCCUCUGUGCUGCAUGACAUUUUAGAACACCCUGUGUGUAUUAUAACACACUAAAGGCCUGAAACGAAAACACACACACACAUUCCUAAAAUGUGUCACCUGAAGUUUUUCUUUUUUAAGCGUGGACGCAUUCUGAACAAUGGUACUAGGGGGCGCUGUCGCACAUAAUGACAGGAGGAAUAUCUCUCGCUCUCUCCCAUGAUUAAAUUCCAUCUGACAGCUGAUGAUGUCAUAGUGGGUGUUACAGCAGCCGACCAAUCAGCAGCUUCACUCCAACUCUUUGGAAAGGAAGAGAAAUACUUUUUAGAGUCUUUCUUUUUUUCUCUUUUUCUGUCUUUUCAUCCUCAUUCCGUUUAUAUAAUUCUCCAUAUUUCUGCUCUCUUAUUUAUCAGAUCAUCUUUCUCACAUUUUCUAUUCUCUCUUCUUUUGUUCUUUCUUUCUGCACUGCAUCUGUACACAAGUCCUCAAAUAAUCUUUUGUUUUAGAUUUUAAUAUUUAUUUCAUCCCUCCAACACUUCAGCUCUUUGUGAACAAAAUGUUUGUACAUUUUUUUUACAAGUGUUUUAGACAUUAACUGUAUUAUUAAACACCAGAUUAAGGCGUGACUGAUGAAUGCCCCCUACAGGACAGGGGUUUAUUUCCGUCACAGUUCCAGGAUAACUUGCUUGUGUUGAAUGUAUUGUUGUUUGGGUGUGUUUCAGGCCUGAGUGUGAUUUGCUGUAUAUAAUCACUCCUGAGUGCUGAAAACUCGGCUCGUUAUAUGUAUUUACUCCUGAACGCACAUCUGUAUAAACACCAUUUUAUAGAUGCCAUUUGUUUAAAAUAUUUCAGUGCUAGCAGAAGAUGACUGGAGGGGAAAAUGUAGAGAUGUAAAUUAAAGUCUGUUGUUUGUAUAUUAAUGUACACAGUGAACUUUGCAGGUUCAAUAUCCCAUAAUGCACCAGUACUCUGUACAAGUCACUGUAAUAACAGCUUGUUUAUAUACUGUGUACUACACUGGCAGGGUAAUGAGUAAGCCCUGCACCCAUGUCCUGUAAGAUUGGUCAAUGCUAAGACCCGCCCAGUCAUUGACUAUAGACUCCGCCCCCUGUCUAUGCUGAGUCAUGAUGAGGUGUGACACAGUGGCAGAUCUUUAAAUGUCUGAAUUAUAAAGCAUUCCUCCAGACUCUUGUCCAGCGGUUUACUUCACCAGAAAUGAGGUGGGCGGUUCUGGGUAGAGGUGAUUUGGGAACGACUGCAGUAACAUUAGCUGGGUCAGUUCACUGUGUCUGGGAGUGACUAGUAAUUUUAGGAAAAUAGGAAGAAAGACAUUUGGGGUGAGCUUACUGAUUAAUUACGCUCUUACAAAGAUGGAUAAAUCAUAAAGGGUUCUGGAAUGACUCCACUGGGAUAACCGUCAAAGCGAGAGCCAUAUAAAUAGAACCGCUUUUGAAGUUUAGAGCCCUUAACCCUCCAAGUAGAACCAGAAGGAGUGUAAUGAUACACGGUGAUGAGAUGCAUCACGAUGCAAAAAUGGGACAAUGUGCAUCAUGCGAAUGUGUGACAUUAACAUUCUAUUAAUUCCACAUGUAAUGCAGUUGCACUGUUUGAACACCAGGGUCCCAAUCUGCACAACUGAUGGAAUUAAAAUCCUCUAUAUAGAGUGCACGCUGGUCACAUGAUUAUAUUCUUUUGUGGCGAUCCUGCUGAAUAAUCAGGAAUCAUUUGCACUUCUGAAGUGACCGAUAGCUCUGGACUUCAGUGACUGGCGUACGUUAUAUGUUAUUACCAUAUUCUAACAUAACCAUGUUAAAACAGUUAAAAAGAGUUUUCAGUAUCUUUCAAACAGCACCAGCCCUGUACCGCUGUACUCUGUAGAGACUGAGAAAGUGGGCACAGAAACCGGGCAUUUUAGCCGCCUUUGGAGCUCUAGUUCUGCUGCGGAGCUCGUUAUGUUCCAGAGUCUCCAGCUCAGACAGUUAGUCACAAUUUUUGAGAGAAUUUAUAAGUUCAGGAUCUGGUAAACUUGUAGUGCAAAAUUAAAGCUCUGUUCACAGCAAUUUUUUUUUUUAGUUUUAUACAGUAUUGUUACACCCCUACGUUUAACUGUACAAGUAUAAACACUUUCAGAGACCAGAACUCGUAACUAGGGUUUUUUUCUUUGGCAGUCCGGUCUCAAGAGACCGUCAUUGUCAUGCUCCUGGAGUGGGUUCUGCUGUGGCUGUACAGCCCAAUUCUUGACUUGCAGUUCCUGUUACAGACAAAGCAGAUGUAAUGUGUGUUCAGGGUUGUCGUUGAUGCCUCUUGUUUCUUUCUGGCUCUUUUUUCAGCUGCAAUCUGGCCCCUCCUUUUAUCUGCCUCUGUGAUUCUCUUCCGAAUGGCCUGAUGCCAGGCAGCUCAGUCCUUGGCUUGUAACUCCCAGUUGUCCACAGGGAUGCUCCAGGUGAUCAUGUCUCUCUUGCAGACAUCCUGGAAUCUGCAGACUGACAGCUUCCGUGUUGUGUCCUCACUCUAGGGCGAGGCUGGAGUGGCCUCUCCAGGGCACGGAGCCUGGGCAAACGGUAUGGAGAUCCUGGGCUGCCCAAACAUCAAAAUCCCCCUCUCAGCCUUGAUGGUGGUAAUCCAAAGGAAUGCAGAGCAUGAUGUUUUGGUGCCAUCUUGGCUGCAGGUUUGAAAUCAGGGUGCCUUCCCCUAGACGGACUGUCUUCCCAGGUAAAUGAGCUCCGUCUACCUGUGUGCUAUUUACCCAUAGCUGGGGGUCUAGUUCAUGGGCAUCAGGGCGUGUCCACAUGUAUGGGGGCCAGACCUCCUCCGAGCUCCCUGCAGUUUAGCCUGGGUCCUUGUGGUGCCCAGUUUCCAUCUGUAGCCACGUGGAGGCACUGCAACUAGGGUAGAACCAAUUUAUUUAGCUCGGAACGCCUAACCAUGCAAGUAGAACUGCUUUACUAUAUGAAGAUAGGAAGGAAAGAAAGAAAGCACAACUUUAUUCAUCACACACUUGUGAAAUUCCUCUCUGCAUUUAACCCAUCUGAAGCAGUGAAAACACACACAUGCACACACGUGAGCAAUUAGCGCACACACACAUACCCAGAGCAGUGGGCAGCCAUGCUAACAGCACCCAGGGAACAGUUGAGAGUUACGUGCCUCACUCAAGGGCACCUCAGCCCAAGGUCGUCCCAUAUUAACCUAACCGCAUGUCUUUGGACUGUGGGGGAAACUGGAGCACCCAGAGGGAACCCAUGCAGACACGGGGAGAACAUGCAAACUCCACACAGAAAGGCCCCCGCCGGCCGCUGGGCUCAAACCCAGAACCUUUUUGCUGUGAGGCGACAGUGCUAACCACUACACCACCGUGCCACCCUAGAAACCCUAGAUGGAAACCUAAACACCCAAAUAUAACCACUUUAAUAACCUUCGAUCCCAGUAGAAUGGUUUGAGGAAAUCAGAAUCUACAACCACUUUAGGAACCAAGUAUCCUUAACUGUCCUAGCAGAACCUCUAAGAACACAUCACCAUCCAAGGAACCUUUGACGACACCAUUUUCUUUUAAGAGAACUCAUUCCUUUAUAACUUUUUUUUUUUCUUUUCAGAAUGAUCACCUGCCAGUUUAUCAAGUUUACAGGGUUAGUUCACUGUGAGAUAGUUUGUGGUGAUUGGGGGCAGAGUCUUAUUAACUGGACCUGGGUUCUAGAGUUUUGUAAAUGUGUCCAAGUGUAUAUUGAAGCUGCAAGUCACUGUUUAUGUAAAAAUCUGAAAUGUUCUCUCAGUGUUAGAUUGUUUUAUUAGUGGUAUUUAAUCACAUUCAUGUUUUUUCUUGUAUUUAACUGUGAAUACAUGUGAAAGAAGAAUGCAAGAACCUCAGAAGAACUUGUUACAUCUCAGAAGGUUCUGGAUAAUUAGGUCUUGAGUAAUGUUUAUAAGUACCUGGAGUUGAGUAGUGUUAUGUUAAAGGGAUCUCAGCUGCAGUUGUGUUGUAAUAAUCCACACGGAGUGUGUAAGGGCUGACAGUUUGAUCCGCAGUGAAGUUAUUGGUGAUGGAGCUGAGAUGUGGUUCUCCUGCCCUGGAGAACCGUGAAGAGCUCUUUCUCCUCCUGGUUCUGAUCCAGCUGAAGCUCCACAACCUGUGCCUUUUUACUUUUUUCUCCUGGUUUUUUUUUCUUUCUUCAAUCUGCACUUUAAUAAACAUCCUGAGUUGUUAGCA